AUGGGCUCGGAUUUCGACCUCGCUCGGUGGCGAUUGCGAGGCACUGACGAGACGUAUUACAUCCCCGACUUCGUCAGCCGCGAUGAAGAAGAAUAUCUAAUCCGCAAAAUUGUGGGAUCGCCUCGACACAAAUGGAAGCGACUAGCGAAUCGCAGGUUUACAGGCGGGGAAAUCAUUAACAACAACAUCCUCGUAACUAGCGACAUCCCUGGUUGGCUGAACCAAAGCCCUGAUAUAAUCAAACGACUUAGCAAUACAGGUGCUUACGCAAAUUCCGCUCAUGGCGCACCCAACCAUGUCAUUCUCAACGAGUAUUUGCCUGGACAAGGGAUUAUGCCACAUCAGGACGGGCCAACUUAUCAUCCAUUGGUCGGGACCAUAUCCCUUGGUUCACAUGCCGUGUUCCACUACUACGAGUACAAAGAGAAUGCACAGCUGCCGGAGCCAUCGCAAACCUUAAACGAUUCAGGCCGCGGCCGCGCAGUCAACCCAGAGCCCGUCCUAUCAGUGCUGCUGGAGCCACGCAGUCUAAUCAUCACCACGUCGAGGUUGUACACUAACCACCUUCACGGCAUUGAUCCACUCGAGGAGGAUUCCUUCUCGUUGCCACUCGCGACGGAUGCGAUUGGCCAAGGAUCGUCAGGGCAUUAUAAGAUCGCUAAUGUGGACCUAUUGCAAGGGUCGGAAGCAUUGGAGGCAGUGCGCGGUGGCGGAUCAUUAGCGCGCCAUACCAGAUACAGCUUGACUUGCCGCGAUGUCGAGAAGAUAGCCAAUGCAAAGUUCCUGGGUAAACGAUAG